GCGAAUUCAACUCCAAAAAACCUUGGUUACUAUAUACUUUACUUCACAGCAUGUAGUUGUGCAGUUGAAGUUGAAGUGUGUGGAGUGUGUGGAGAAGUUCUGGAAUUUGAAAACCACCUAAGACAGUGGAAUAACGAUGAUGGGAUCCUUUUAAUCCAGGAGAUGGGAUACGAUCCUAUUAGGAUAUCCAGAAAUCAGUGCAAUGGAAAUAGACAAUGGAACUUGAAUUUUACAAACGUCACAUGUAAUGGGGGAGAUAAUGUUAAUAUUAGUUUUAAAAUUGAUAAUAGCAGUGAUGGGUCUACACUGUCAGUGCUUUUUAAUAAUGAAAGUACUGAGUAUACUGUUUCAAUGAAAGGAAGUCACUGUGAGACUCAUAUUGAUGCUGAUCCUAGUGGAGAAAACUUAUUGAUAAGUUUUGAUCGUCAAAAAUAUAAUGGCUGGUCAGAGGACACACAAUUCAUAUACACCCUUUCCCUGUUCGAUAAAAUAUUGAGUAAUACCACAACCAAUGAUUCUUCUCACUUGUUUCAAGAUAAUAUUAUAUUACCUGGAGAAAAUUAUGAAGUCCAAGUUGCUGCAGUAAAUGCUUGUGGCCAAUACUGUAUUCUUGGCCAUGUGAACUACACAAUGAUGUCUACAGAUGAUGAUACUGAUGGUUUUGAUGAUGUUUCCGGCCAUGCCCCGAGUCAAAGGUUUAAAAUAAUAUUAUUCUUCUCACUGCCAUUGAUAAGUUUUUAUGUGGCAGUUUAAACAUGACAACAGCUUGCUUAUACAAAGCAACUGUUUACCUCUCUCCGUGGCGAAAAUUUGACUAAGCUGUGACUAUAAUAAUUAUGGUUGUUUUUGGUGGUUUAGUGCUUGUGCUAACAGUUGUAUCAAAGGUAUAAGUGAAUAGUCACUAUAUAAGACUUUUAUACCUGAAGUGUGACAGAAUAAUUAUAGUG